AUGCACUUCUUCAGCCGCCUCCUCCAAGCGGCUCCAUUGCUCCUGUGCCUCUCGGCAUUCGCUGUCUUGCCGGUCGACGGAAGUCAAGCCCACGGGCGUGAAUCCGUGCAGCUCGACGUGCGGAGCUUCAAGCCUCACUUUUUCCAUGCUCAAGUAUACCGCUCCGGCGGAAGGUAUCACCCUCGAAAGGCCAGCUGGAUUGCAUUCCAUCCCAGCAUUGGUGAUGCCUAUAUCGUGGAAGAAGUGGAAGAAGCCGCCGAAUUCUACAUCAAGGAGGGCCAGCUGAUUACCUCGACCGGCUAUUACGUCCACCUGGACUUCAGCAACGGCUAUGCCGUCUUCCAGCGGAGCACUGAGAAGCAAGACCAGGGCAUUUACUACGAACACACUGGCGACUACUUGCUGAUUCGUGGACCCGGAUUCACGUACGGCAAGGGAGAAGGCGUCUGGUGCGUUGGCGACGACGGGAGCGUCUUUGUCGAAAGUCGGGGCGCCACUCCAUUUCAAUGUCGCCCCAUUGAUCUAAGACCAAACCCUGGCACAAAACCUCUCCCCCCUCCAUCCAGCAGGCCAUCGCCGCCGCCACAUUCUACAAAGACCAGUACAACUACUGGGCCAACGCCAAACCCCUCGUCUGACCCAGAUGUCGACUUGCGCCGACGCGACGAGGAACCGAACUUUGAGGAGGAGGACGAGAGCUGA